AUGGCACCACCAAAGAAAGAAGAGGAGCCGGUAAAGGUUCUACUGCGAGGUCGCGUCAAGCGCGAUAACAUAUUAAAUUCGGUUAAAAAUAUUCACGCCACAGCAUUAGAGGCACGCGCUGAUAUUGGGAAAAUACCGUCGUUAAUAAUUCACGCUGAAGGACUAGAUAAGUUCGUCGAACAAUUUCAACAUCAACAAGAUAUCAUUAUUAACGCAUUAAUCGACGCUGACCGUAUUGCUGAGUUUGAACAGGUUGAUCGUCCGUUGAUUACUUCCAUGGAAUCCAUGCGCCUCGAAAUAAAAACAAUUGUCGCGAGUGCCGUUCCCGUUACUAUUUCCGAAAAUGACGCACAGCGUUUCCAUCAUCUACUGUCGUGUUUAUCUGGUUCAGCGUUGGCUAUUAUUAAAUCUAUACCGUUGUCCGCGGCUAACUACCCGAUCGCGUGGGACGCGUUGUCCGAGCGUUACAACAAUAAACGUUUGUUAGCUUCCGCUCACAUGAACAAAUUAUUCGCCUUUAAACCAAUCGCUCAUGAAUCACUACCAGUUUUAGUUGAGUUCGUUAAUACAUUUAAGGAAAAUGUAUCAAUAAUUAAAUCGCUGGGGGUCGAUGACCUUUCGAGUUUUUUGCUUUUCCAUAUGUGCUCUCGCGUUCUCGACCCGACCACUUUACAACUGUUCGAAUCUAGUACGUCACAGUCAACUAUUCCGACUUUUGACGAAUUAGUAAAUUUUGUGCAACAUCGAUGUAAGAUUUUGGAAAAUCUUACAAAAUCUAAUAAAGUCGGUCGCAACGAAAAACCGUUCGAAAAACCGGAUGUUCGCGGUAAACAUACCAAAUCGACUAAAUCAGUGUUCGCUGCUACUACGUCCGCUUCGACUAAAUAUAAGACUAGGAAUUGUUUAUAUUGUGAUAAGCCCGAUCAUAGAAUAUAUCAAUGUCCGAAACUCACCGGAAUGACUGUUGAUAAACGACGAGAUGCUGUAUUAGCUCGUAAAUUGUGUUUCGCGUGUUUGAGUUCGAGUCAUAUGGUCAAUACGUGUCCGUCAACCAAGGGUUGUUUUUCGUGCAACAGUAAGCGUCAUCACACCCUACUACAUCGUGAACAAAAUCGAACGUCAACUGUAGAUAAUACGACUUCGAAUAGUAACCCGGUACCCCAACCCACCACGUCGAGUGGUGAUUCUAGCUCGUUUGUCGGUGCCGCCUGCGCCAAUUCUACCGUCGUACUAGGUACAGCGAUUGUUCACAUUAAAGAUGCGUGGGAACAAGUACACUGCGUACGCGUACUGCUCGAUAGUGGCUCGCAGAUUUCCGCCAUGACUAGUGAUUGUGCAGCGCGGCUUGGACUUUCGAAACGUCGUUACAAGUCUGACAUCGUAGGUUUCGCACAAAGUCCUGUGUCCCACGUUCAAGGUAUAACCAGCUGUCAGUUUUCCUCACACGUUAAACCAGAUUAUUUAUUCCCGUCUGUUGACUUAAUUGUUCUAAAACAAAUUACCACUGCCAUGCCAGCUACUCGGUUACCAGCGACCGUGCGUCAACAAUAUCAACACCUUCGAUUCGCCGAUGACAAAUUCGACAUUCCGUCUCGCAUCGACGUUCUAUUCGGUGCGGAUAUCCUACCAAAUCUGAUCCGCCCACACGCGGGUGUGGAACAUCAUUCAGGUUUACCAUCGGCCCUUGACACUCAGCUGGGCUGGAUAAUUUUCGGCUCAUUUUCUACUCCGAACAAGUCACCUCCAGUCACGCUGACCACCGCAAUCGCUCCGCCCUCAAUCGAAGAUUUAAUUAAAAAAUUCUGGUUGAUCGAAGAACCCGCCGCCCCGUCGUCGCCCACCACGGAAAACCAGUGGUGCGAAGAAUAUUUUAUAAAGUCUACCUCGCGUGAUACGACAGGUCGAUUUUGUGUCGCCCUACCGUUUCGCCAUUUGUUCACCGGUCCAACUCAACAGCAAGGUACAUCGCGUCACGGUCUAGGUGAUUCGCGUUCCAUAGCAAUGAAAAGAUUCUAUAAUCUAGAAAAUCGAUUGGCCAAGGAUCCCGCGCUGUAUGCGGCGUAUCGCCAGUUCAUGUCCACCUAUCGUUCGCUGGGACACAUGGUGCCAGCCCCGUCACCGGGCAUCUAUUUCAUUCCACAUCACGCCGUAUUCAAGACCGACGAUUAUAAAAACUACCUGGAAACGUACAUUUUGGAAUGGUAA